CGCUUGAAUGUGAUGUCAUUGUUUUUCACGUGUGGACCGUAGGCUAUCACAACACUUAGCUUGUUGAUGAACAGAUAUUACAAGUUAACUCUUCAUCUUUAGAUACAAACACAGACACAAGGAGAGUCAUGACCUCCAACUGCCGGCGGCCUGAACACACAGCCCCUCCCGAUCUGUUCUACAAUGAAGUUGAGGCAAAGAAAUACUCUCAGAACUCUCGAAUGAUUGAGAUCCAAACCCAGAUGUCCGAGAGAGCUGUGGAGCUUUUGAACCUUCCCGAAGGACAGCCAUGCUUCCUGUUAGAUGUGGGGUGCGGCUCUGGUCUCAGUGGAGACUUCCUGUCGGAGGAGGGACACUACUGGGUCGGAGUCGACAUCAGCACUGCAAUGCUUGAUGUUGCACUGGACAGAGAAGUAGAGGGAGACCUUUUAGUGGGGGACAUGGGCCACGGGAUGCCGUUCAGACCUGGGACAUUUGACGGUUGCAUCAGUAUCUCUGCUCUGCAGUGGCUCUGUAAUGCCGACAAGAGGUCACAUAGUCCUCCGAAGAGACUCUACACCUUCUUUAGUACUCUCUACUCUUCUCUGUCAAGAGGCUCACGUGCCAUUUUCCAGCUUUAUCCAGAGAACUCAGAACAGCUUGAGCUGAUCACGACGCAGGCCAUGAGGGCAGGUUUUGGUGGAGGUAUGGUGGUGGACUACCCCAACAGCAGCAAAGCCAAAAAGUUCUUCUUGUGUCUGUUUGCUGGAGUUACCGGUUCUCUUCCCAAAGGAUUGGGAACAGAAACGUCAGACAGAGCUGUAUCAAACCAGGUCCAGUAUUCAGGACAAAGAUGUCGUUUUAAAGGCAUGAAGGGGAAAUCAGCGAAGAAGGGACGCGAUUGGAUUUUGGAGAAAAAGGAGAGGAGGAGAAGGCAGGGACGGGAGGUUCGAGCCGACACAAAGUACACUGCACGUCAGAGAAAACCUAAUUUCUAGCUCUGACUCAUGCAGCUGUGCCUUCAUUAGCUCUCGCCUGUACCACCCUGAACACAAUCACCAUUCAAACUGCAAAGUGUUUGGACGUAAUUGUACCCACUCUUUAAAACAGGUGGAUAAGAUAAGAAGUAAAAUGCUAUUAUGGCUGAUCCAUUUUACAUCUGGUUGAGUGUAUAGCAAUUUUUCUCACAAAUGUUUGUCAAGAUUGCACUCUCCAUGUUCUGGUUGGCUGGACAUGGACAGACAUCUGUAAAAUCUUGCAGAGGAGAAAGAUUUAGCUUUGACGGCAACAAUAAUCUCAUAGAAUUAAAACAAUUAUCAUAAAUUAUCAAAUGUCACAUUUUCGAUAUCUGUUUAUUAAAAACCUAUUAAAGA